UUACGGCGGAGGAGGAGAGCCCAGAGAUAGAGCGAUGGAGAGGAUGGCCGAGCAGCUCCGGCAGUUGCAAGAAAAGGUGGAAGGACGGCCAGAAAGACGUGCUCGAGGGCACCCAUUCUCGAGGGAAAUCUUGGCUGCGUCGCUUCCUGCGAGUUUCCGGGAGAUAAACUUGAUUUUUGAUGGAUCGAGUGACCCGUCGAGGCAUGUAAGAGCGUUUGAAAACAUGUCCGUCUUGCACGGGUAUUCAGAUCCAGUCAGCUGCAGGGCUUUCCUGUCGACCUUACGGGGAGGGGCGCUCGACUGGUUCCACCAAUUAGCUCCAGGUUCGACCAGAGACUUUGAGGAUUUCGCAGGACAGCUUACUAAUCAAUACUCAAGUGCGGUCUCACAGGAGAAGACAUACCUUACACUGAUGGCGAUGCGACAAGGAGAGAGAGAAACCUUACAGAAAUUUAUUGCUCGAUAUAAUCAGAUGUAUCGCUGGCGAGGGCGACCUCGGUUACCAAGCGGCCAAAGAUACAACCAUUUUACUCCCAUCAACGCCCAGGUGGGUGAAGUCUUGGCGGCCAUAGAGGAGAAGUUGGAAAGCAAGGAAGUCACGUGGCCAGCGACCAGAUUUGAGGGGCCGACCAAACCGAGGUCGAAUAAAUAUUGCAGAUUCCAUAGGGAUUAUGGGCAUAACACAGAAGAUUGUAGGCACUUGAAAGACGAGAUUGAGCACCUCAUACGGGCGGGGCACUUGAAAGAAUUUGUCAUUCGUGAUCGACCACGGGGUAAGGAAAGGAGAAGAUGCAGGGAAGAUUCUGUGGCGAGAAGCGACAAGGAUGAUGAUAGGGAAGACGAGCCCAGGAGAGAAAGAAGGAGGCGACAGAACGAUGGUCGAGAGGAACAAAGGGACGAGAUGCCAGCGAAGAGAGGCACGAUCUACAUGAUCUCAGGAGGACCAACAGAUGGGGAUUCGAAUAACGCCCGAAAGGGGCAUGUGCGGGCGGUGAAGCGUAAAAUAGAAGAGGUCGGGAUAACCGGUCACAUGCCAGUAAUCAACUUUCGAGUAGAAGACGCGGAGGGAAUUCUGUUACCCCACAAUGACGCACUGGUCAUCACGGCUGAAGUGGCAGGUUUUGAUGUGAAAAGGGUGUUCAUCGACACAGGAAGCUCAGUCGACGUGAUGUUCUACGAUUGCUUCGCACAGAUCAACAAACAUCUGAAUCUGGAACUAAAACCGGUGGCGACAGCUUUGUAUGGUUUCAACGGUGGAGAGGUAAUGCCCAUGGGCGAAGUAAGCCUGACCGUAGCAUUGGGAUCGGGUGACACGAGGAAAGUAAGGAUGAUUCGGUUUGUCGUGGUCGGAGCAGAGUCGUCUUACAAUAUUAUUUUGGGGCGGACGGGUUUAAAUGCGUUCCAAGCGGUUGUGUCUACAUACCACAUGACGAUCAAAUACCCU